GGCGCCGGAAGCGUGCCGCUGAGGCGGCGGAAGCUGCGCGCCGGUGAUGUCGGCCUCGCUGUUGCGGCGGGGCCUGGAGCUGCUGGAGGAGCCGGGCCGGGGAAAGCCGCCGCCGCCGGGACUGCAGCGCGGGCGGGAUGGCCCCGGGGCGGCGGGUGCUGCCAGGCGGAGGAAGAGGGCGUCGGAGCCCGACAGGAACAGGGCUACAGUCAAGGGCAGAGUCGUGAAGUCGGCGAUAGAGGAGUAUCAUAAGAAGAAGGCCGUGAAUCACUUGAGAGAAAACCUGCAGUACAUGUUGAAAGGACGACUUGUUGCAAACAGAGCAGUCACAGAAAAAGUUCUUGCUCAGAACAGAGGCAGGAAAGCCAAAGAUCAGCCUCCAAAGAAGGCAGCAAAGAAGAAGCCCGAGGGCACUGUCUUUACUGAGGAAGACUUCCGUAAAUUUGAGAGGGAAUACUUCGGGAUACCAUAAACAACAUGACAGGGAUUCUCACAGCUCCAGCCUUUCUGUAGCUGAGUGCUUGGCACGCUGGACUGGCCAUUUCCUUGGUGUGUUUGAGAUGAGACAUCAGAGAUGUGCCUCUGUCAGCCAGUGCUUUAAUGUUAUGCUUGCAGAGCAGCUCUGCAUCUGUGCAGAACUUGAUAGUGGCCAGCUAGAGCCACGGAGGUUCUCUUGGCUCUGCGAUGAGUUGUCCUUAUAAUUAUCUCCCUCCAGCCACCAUGUCUUGCAUUGUUAAUGUUGAGGAGUGGACCAAGCCAAAUAUAGAUCUUGUUCCCUUCCUUAGGAUGUAAGGCUUCUGCUACCUGUGUUAUUAGCAGUAAUAAAUCACCAAAGGGAAGGAUGCUUUGAAAGACUGUUAAACCCGAGUAGUCCUGCAGUUUCUGUUCUUAUUACAGCCUCUGUCAGGUUUUUCAGUCAUUGUAAAAACUUUUUAUAUGUUGUUUGAUUAAAUAAUUGUUGCAGACACCGCC